AUGUCUUCAACCAACGCAUCUCUGGGCGCAGCGGCCGACGAUCGCAAAGCCCGUCUUGCCAAGCUCAAAAAUCUCAAGCGCAAGCAGCCAGGCGACGAGGUCGCCCCUCCCGAAUCGACUCGCUCGCCAUCACCGCCAGCAGAAGCAGCAUCAGCACUGGUAGAAGCAACAACACCGUCUGAGCUAGAUGUCACAAGACUACAUCUUUCCGGGCGCAACUACGAUGCCGAGACAAGGGGACCCAAGCUUGGGUUCGAGCAAGCGCCGACGUUGAAUAUGGAGGGACAAACUUUGGAGAAACAGGCUGCUGAAGUGGAGGCUGAAGUCAAGAGGAAAGCCGUGGAGGAAGCUGCCGAGGCUGACAAGGGCAUCGAUCUAUUCAAGUUGCAACCGAAGAAGCCGAACUGGGAUUUAAAGCGUGAUUUGGACAAGAAGCUAGAGGUUCUCAACGUGAGGACAGACAACGCUAUUGCGAGGCUGGUGAGAGAACGUAUUGCGAACUCGAGAAAGGCGGAAAAGGAGAAGGCUGUCACAAACUCCAACGGCGAAGGUGAAGCUGUGGGACUGGAUGGUGUCGCCCUUGUGGAAGCGAUGAGAGUGCGAGAGCGUGAGGAUGAAGAAGAGGAGAGGAGAGAGAAGGAGGCUGAAGAGCUGGCUUAG